GGGUCGUGCUGUAGCGUAGCAACGCUGGAGCUUGGCUGAGGUGCUAGAACCUCAGUUCUUGUUAGACUUCGCGAGGAGAGGUAUCGUUGCUAUUGUGUGUCGCUCGCUAUUUUUCCGUAGCGGCGGCGGCCUGAAAAUAAGGAGAGUUCGAACAGAAGAGGGUCGCGGUCAGGAGUGUACUGUCAAAAUAUUAUGGACGAUCAGAGCAGAAUGAUGCACCCUGUGACUUCUCAAGUCGGAAUGAUGCCCCAGCCUUAUGGCAUGCAACCUGUGGAUCCAAAUCACGGUGGACCAACAACGCCAGACCAAGAAACUAGGAAACAAGAUAUUGGCGAAAUUUUGCAGCAGAUAAUGAAUAUCACGGACCAGUCGUUGGACGAAGCGCAGGCCAGGAAACACACACUUAACUGUCACCGUAUGAAGCCAGCUCUCUUCAGUGUUUUGUGCGAAAUAAAGGAAAAAACAGUGCUGAGCCUGCGUAAUACGCAGGAGGAAGAGCCGCCGGACCCGCAGCUGAUGCGGCUGGACAACAUGCUGAUCGCGGAGGGCGUGGCCGGCCCCGAGAAGGGCGGCGGUGCGGGGGCGGCGGCUAGCGCGUCGGCGGCGGCGUCGGGUGGGCCCGGCCAGCCGGACAACGCCAUCGAGCACUCCGACUACCGCGCCAAGCUCGCGCAGAUCCGCCAGAUCUACCACCAAGAGCUCGAGAAGUACGAGCAGGCGUGUAACGAGUUCACGACGCACGUGAUGAAUCUCCUGAGGGAGCAAUCGCGCACACGGCCCAUCACGCCCAAGGAGAUCGAGCGCAUGGUGCAGAUCAUCCACAAGAAGUUCUCUUCCAUCCAAAUGCAGCUCAAGCAGAGCACCUGCGAGGCCGUCAUGAUCUUGCGCUCCAGGUUCCUCGACGCCAGGAGGAAGAGAAGAAACUUUAGCAAACAGGCUUCUGAAAUCCUGAAUGAGUAUUUUUAUUCACACUUAAGCAAUCCUUACCCAUCUGAAGAGGCAAAGGAAGAGCUUGCAAGGAAAUGUGGAAUAACAGUUUCACAGGUAUCCAACUGGUUUGGAAACAAGAGAAUUCGCUACAAGAAAAACAUUGGAAAAGCACAAGAGGAAGCCAAUUUAUAUGCAGCAAAGAAAGCUGCUGGUGCCUCUCCAUAUACCAUGGGUCCAGCACCUCAAGGGACGCCGACUCCAAUGAUGUCCCCUGCUCCUCCUGGCGGCCCCCAAGACAGCAUGGGGUAUAAUAUGAAUAUGAAUGGUGGAGAUUACAAUUCCUCAAUGUCAGGUUCACAGCCACCUUAUGCAGAUGGAGGAAUGGGCUAUGAUCCAAUGCACCAGGGUGGCCACGUCACCCCCAAGUCCGGCUCGCCUGUGCGACCUGGCUCUGUAGGGUGGAGUGGGCCUCCGCCUAGGGAGCAGAUUCCAGACUUCCCUCCUGUGCAGCCACUGCAUCCUGAUGACGAUGAAAGCGGUGACAGCAGUGACGGCACUGGUUCUGUGAAGAGGCAGAAACUCUAGGGCUAUCAUCCCUUCAAUGCAACUCAGACAACGAAACUGCAUCCCAGCUUCAUAUAUACUUACUUGCCAUUUGUUGAUUAGUUUGUGGAAGGACCUCAGUAUGAAUACUGAGUAGUGGACUAGCAGACGUUUAGUAGCUGUCAGAAACAAAAAAGAUUUUUUUUUAAAAAAAAAAAAGAGGAUGUGAAAUUAAGGGCUGGAGCUGCAGUGGAUCCUUAAAGGCCUAAGCACAAUGAAUGUACUUGUGGCUUCAAUACAUUUAAUAUUCUUAAUUGUAUCUUAAUAGUCUUCAGCCUCAGCUUAGUAGAUAGACCAUUGAUUAAAUUUUAAGAGUACAUUACUGCACAGCAGUCCAGUGCAAAUGGCUCACACUUAAUUAAUAUCAAAUGGCAUGCCAAACUAAGUGCAUUAGAGGUCUUAAUUUUUAUGGUUUAGCAAAGUAAUGUAAUUUUAUAUUUACUGUUGCAGAGACAGUUGCUGUAUCCAUUUCAGGUUAUUAUACCUUUGUUGGCUGCUGUUGGUAGAAGUAAUUAAACUUUUGUUGUUGUUGUUGUUGUUUUUCCUUUUUAUCAGACAAGAGAUACAUUAAUAAUUGAUGUAGGACUCUCUCAGUAUUCGACAGUCGGUAUUGUAUGUACUAAUAAAUAUUUCACUGGUUGUUAGAUUAGAAGAGGAGAGCUUCCACUUACUGUAGUGGCAUGCAAACAAUACUUGGCUCUCAAGGCAUGGGACAGAACAAUUUUAGCACGAAAUGAAAGCUGGUAUUGUCAUUUUAUUUAUGUUUUUAAAUUUAUUUUUUUAAAUGUAUGUCUAAGGCCUGAAGGAUAGAAAUUGAAAGACAACCAAAUGUGCUAAAUGUGCAUUAAGUAGAAGUGAAAAAAGGUAAAUAAAGAUAAGUCAUUCAUUUAAGAAAGGCUUUACAUCUUGAUUUUUGAAAGAUGUAGGAGCUUUUGCAAAUGGCAGCUGCAGCAAUCUAUGGAAUGUGUAUAAGGAGAGUAAGAUCUAAACCAUCAUUCUUUUUAUUAUAUUGAAUUUUUCAAUAUAACUUUAAAUUCUUAUGUUGCCUUAUGUCUAAAAUAGUAAUGCAGCUUCACUCAAAAUCUAUGUAAGAAAAUUUCUGUAUUCAUCUAUAGUCUAUAGCCAGUUCCAAAUUGUUCAAUUGAUGUAUGAGAUAUCUGUGAAAGAACUGUUGUAGUGCAUAUUUGAAAGAAACAGUGAGAAAUUUGAAAUGUAAAACAUAUGGCUCACAGUGAAAAGAAUUUUUGUUUGUUUGUGCAAUUUCUGUAGAUUUAGAUGUUAGAAUGUCAAAACCAGUGCUGUGGUAUGUGCACCACCCACUGAUAAAUUAAAAGAUCUUUCUGUCAUGCACAUAUAUCCUCAAUAUUCAGGCAUAAGUCUCUUAGUGUGGCUUGGUUGUUAUUCAUCUAUCCAGAUAAGCUUAUUUUAAUAAUUUUUGUAGGCAGCACAGGAGUAUGGAAGUCUAUUAAAAUCUGUUAUUCCAACCAAUAGCCACAAUAAAAAGAGGCCUAUAUUGUUUUAAGGCAUAACUCCUUUUCUGUACAAUACCAGUAUAGGAUAACUUAACAGAAGAUUGCUCACCAAAAUCAUUUGAUCACUUGAGAUGCCUCCUAUAUAUGUAUAUGACAAAGAUUUUUUUAUUUGGUCAGUAAUUACAUUUAUAAAAGAAAUAUUUGCCAGUACCUGAAUCUGUUGGGACAUGAAGGAUUUAGAGCAUUGGGUUGAUAAUAAUGUAAUUAUUUACCAUUAGUGAGCAACAUGUGAACUUGUACUUGCACAAGUUUUAUUUAAGUGACCAGUGAGAGGUUCAUUUUGUGGAGUUUUUGUACAAUGAAUAGACUAUGGUUAUCAAGAGAUAUACUCUAAAAAUGAGGCAGUAUGAUGUGGAAAUUAAUAACAACUUCUUGUAUACGUAUAGUGACAAAGCAGUGUACAUAUUCUCAACUGUUGCAAAGCAUUGUACCAAAAUGCACAGAGCUCCAACAGUAUACGCCAUCCAUAUACGUAUUUUUCAGUGAAUUUGUUGGAAUCCAUAUGUAAUGUUAACAUAUCAUCGUGAAUAUUUUUGUAAGUUUUAACUUUUAGGCUUUAACCAGAUUGUGGAGAGAAGAAAUUUAGGAUUCUCAUCAGCUUUAAAAUGCCAUAAUAGAAUGGUGUAAAGUAUUGUGUUUGUAAAAUUACAGGGUUAUAAGUUAAAGGCUCAAAAACAAUUUCCUACUAAUUAAAUCUCAUUCAGAAAUUUCUGAAACAACAAAGGGCAGAAAAUUAUGACAUAAGGAAAAAUAAUGGUAAUGCAGCAUUACAUUCCCCAUUUCUGUGGGAUGGAUUUCAGUCCCCUAUGUCAGUAAUACAGCAGGUAAUCUUCAUUACUUAAGGUUUAUGAGUCAUAUUUACAUUAUUCACUAAAAGCAUGUUGAUUUGGAGUGAAUGAAAUAUGUAAAGCUGUAACCUCACUGUGCAGACUAACCACAAAGGAGCUGAAGUAAGAAAUUGUUAUGAGAGCGGUAAUAAAUUGCACUGUAAUAUCUGGCAAAGCUGAUUGUUAAGUUUCUUGUGAAAGAGGUGCAUACUGCAUUUUGCUCAGUACCAUUUAAAGGCAAACUAGAAUGAAUCAUUUCUGGCCCAUAACUUUGCAUGAAAAUUUAAAUAAUAAAGCGAGAAACAGAUGUGUUUAUCGUUGCAAGUAUACAGAAUAUUACAUUGCGUAAAAAGAAUAUUUGAAGCACCGCAACAAAACGAUUAGGAAUGUAACAUGAAACUUCCAGGGAUAUCCCAGAAUCAGAUAUGUCACUGAAUUUUAAGUAGACAAUUUUAUUGUGUUAACCAAUGAAGUUAAAAACUGAAACUUACUGGCAGAUUAAAACUGUGUGCCCGACCGAGACUCGAACUCGGGACCUUUCCCUUUCGCGGGCAAGUGCUCUACCAACUGAGCUACCGAAGCACGACUCACGCCCGGCACUCACAGCUUUACUUCUGCCAUUACCUCGUCUCCUACCUUCCAAACUUUACAGAAGCUCUCCUGCGAAACAGAGCUUAAAAACUGCGCACUGUUACUGUUUGUUUUAUUAACAACAUAGAUGUGUGCUCAAAAUAUAAUUUUAUCUGAAAUCUGCUUAUUUCAUAAAUACUUGCAUCAAAAUUUAUAAGAGGUACCAUAUUCAUGCAAAGAGUAUAUCGAGAAAUUAUAAAAGUUCUAAUCGGGGUCCAUGUUGUUAUUUGGCGUGUGUGUGUGUGUGUGUGUGUGUGUGUGUGUGUGUGUGUGUGUGUGUGUGUGUCAGAUCCAACAAAUGUCAUCAUUUGGCAACCACUGAAGUCUGGUAGAAGCACCCCUUGAUAUUUGCAUAUAACAGCUUGCUAGGUGUUGCACACUCGUUAGCCAAUAUUUGUGGUUCACUAAGCAACAUAAUCAGAUACAUAGUAGGUUUCAGGUCUUUAAGAAAUCUUAAUGAUGUAUAUAUAUAUCGAAAGUUUGAAUAGCAGUAAUUCAAUUUUAAGGUUGACGUUUUUCCUCCUCUUUCUCCCUAUUAGCAGUUCAGUAUAUCUGUCAUGGAUUCUCUAUAAUGAGCCACAUUAUUUUGUGAGUACUUUGAAGUGGCUCAGUUGAGUUUCAUUACAAAGUUGCACAACAUCCAUGCACAAUUUUGAAUUUUAUCACUACUUGUGUUUGUAAAGUUGAAACGUAUUUUAGUGUUUGAAGAUACGAUGAGUUUGUUUUUUUGGUACUUUGAGAUUCAUUUCUGUCAUGAGAUGGAAAAAAUUAAUUAAUCAGCAUUUUAUGGACUAUAAACAUUUCUGAAACUUGAGAGACUGGUGUAAAUAGUUGGAAAUAAAUUUCCUUACUGUUAUUCCACUCAAGGAGGCACCAAUUUCAUCUUUGCCCCAGAAGUUACUUACUAUGUCCUCCCAGAGAAGACCUUGCUAAAUAAUAUAAUUGAGUUACACGUUUAGUUCCUUGUUUUUAUUAUUUGUUAGAAUGAGGAAGCUCAGUAUUGUCAUCAUAAUUUAUUUAUACAAAAACAGUUUAUUUUUAUUUUGCUUUACAAUGAAAAUGUAUCUUAUUCACUAUAUCAUUUUAGCUUUCCCUGUAUUUUCAUCUGACACUUCUAACAUAAUUUGUUUGCUUGUGUUAUUGAGAAAGUUGGCUGAGAAUUCAGCAUGGGAAGUUUCAUUCCUUCUACUCUGAGAAUUCCUGUAGAUACACUCGUAAAGGUUUCAGAAAGCAGAGAGCAAUAAAUAUGUUGCAAGAAACAGUGCUGCAUCUACCUCUUUUUAUUUUUUCACAACUGUCUUACUGUUUGGUCACUUGUAAUGUGUGUGUUACCAUUUUGUCAAUAAAUGGACAUAAAGAGUAUGCAGCACUGCUUUUAUAUUUGUCUACAUAAAUGAGCAACUGCUUUAUGAAGAUUUGGGUUGCAUAUGUAGCCAGAACUUCCUUUUCUAAAAAUAGGCCCAAAAAGAUUCCAUGUUUAAUCUUGAGACACCUGCAGGUAUAAUUGUUUUCAACAUUAAAGCUGACCAUACCUAGCAUUUUUUGUGCUCUCAUUUAGUACUGAAGCACAGGAACCCUAAACAACGGUGGGCAAACAACUUUCCUGAGAACAUUACAAGAUAAAAUUUCAGGAGACACUUUUUUUAAAAUUUCUUUUCUUGAUCAUAUUAACAGAUCACCCCCAUAAUUUCCCUAUUAACUGCUUGUCAAUGGAUUGUUGUUUCCUGUGAAUGUGAUAUAAUUUCACUGAAUUUACUGAACACUAUGUCAUCCAGUCAUGAAAUUAAUUAAAUAUUUUUAUAUAAUUUUUGCUAUUAUUAUUAUUAGUCUGAUUUGCGUAUCAAUGAUUACCUGAAAAAACAAGAGAUGUAGUUCUUUUAGUAUUUGUUAGGGUCAUUUACACCUCAUGUUGCGCAUUGUGAUUGUUAAGUGUAAUGUGUUGGAACAACAGUGAAUUAGCUAGUAGGUAAUAUAUAUAUGGAGGCUGCUGUUACUGCAUAGAGUAUUGUGUGAUAAAUUGCCUUUACAAGAAAAUGUUUAAGUGAAUACUUUCAUUGUUUCGGUAAUCGGUAAUUUUACUGCAGGUUGUGACCAUAUUUGAUUAGUGUGAUAUCAGUCUGAAGUUUUGACUCACAUAGUUGCAAACUCUGUAAAAGUAUACUGUCAAAUAUUUAAAGUAAUAAUUGGUUUAUAAAACAAAAUUAAGAGUGAAAUAGUAUUUUUCAAUGCAAUGUUUAAAAAUUGGUCUCUACAGAAAGACAGUGCUCUGAUAACAGUGAAUAUUGUACACAGCACAGAUAUUUUCUGUACUCUUCAAUGAAAGUAUACGAUUUUCAAUACAAAAUAGUGAAUAUAAUAUACAUGUGUAAGGUUGGGAGAUGAAAAGUUGUUAUUUUACAAUAUUAUCUGCCAAGAAUAAAAUGUCACUUUGUUAAUGAAGCUCUUUUCUAGCUAAUAAAGAAAUGAAAUUGUCUUUUUUUCCCCUUCAUGGAGUCAUAUUGUUAAAGAAUAAUUGUGCUCAGCCAUUAUUUUAUAAUUUGUGUAUGUUUGAUAAGUUUGACAAUGUUCCAAAUCUUGUAGCCUAAAUGUAGAAAUAAAUUGCAGUACAUUGCUUUAUAACUUCGUAGCUCUAUACCAUAAAUACUUGAAUAAACUUGGUUAUACACUGUGUUAAAAGUUAGUGUGGUGUAAUUGUUUGUUUUGUGUGCCUACCAUAUGAAUUUAACAUGCUAAAUCAGGCC